GGGAUCAGCUCUCAAUGUAUGUCGCAACAGGAAGUUGUUGGCAUUUGGAUCAGACAACAACAAUAACAUUAGCAGAACAGCAGAGUUCUCAGUCGAAGUCCAACCCGACAAAUAUUAUCGAUGGAUAACACCGGAUAUUGCAACGAUAGCUUCAAUAGCAUACGAAGUAGCACAAGUGACGAGGACAUGGUGGAGAUAGCAGGGUCGACAUUAGACUUCUCUAACACGGAGGAUGUACCACCCUUGGACCGAGACUAUGGUUCUGGGGAUAACCCAGGUAUGGAGGAGGUGAACGGGGUUCCUAAACUGAUGGACCUGCUUGAUGAGCCUGUGCCUGGGGUGGGCACCUAUGAGGACUUUAACACCAUAGACUGGGUGCGGGAGAAGUCCAAAGACCGUGACCGGCACAGAGAGAUUACCAGUAAAAGCAAAGAGUCUACAUGGGCACUGGUGAACAGUGUCUGUGAUGCUUUCUCUGGAUGGCUGCUCAUGCUGCUGAUUGGACUCAUGUCAGGCGCGUUGGCAGGUGGGAUUGACAUAUCAGCCCACUGGAUGACCGACCUGAAGGAAGGGGUUUGUCUGAACGGGUUCUGGUUCAACCAUGAACACUGCUGUUGGACCUCCAACGAGACCACCUUCCAAGAGAGGGACAAGUGUCCACAGUGGAAAAGCUGGGCUGAGCUCAUUAUCGGCACAACAGAGGGUCCCUUUGCGUACAUUAUGAACUACCUAAUGUACGUGUGCUGGGCUCUGCUAUUCUCCUUCCUGGCCGUGACACUGGUCAGGGCCUUCGCCCCCUAUGCCUGUGGUUCUGGAAUCCCAGAGAUCAAAACCAUAUUGAGUGGUUUCAUCAUCCGAGGGUAUCUGGGGAAGUGGACCCUGGUGAUUAAGACCAUCACCCUGGUCCUGGCUGUGUCGUCGGGGCUCAGCCUGGGGAAGGAGGGGCCCCUGGUCCACGUGGCCUGCUGCUGUGGCAACAUCCUCUGCCACCUCUUCACCAAGUACCGCAAGAAUGAGGCCAAGCGCAGAGAGGUUCUGUCUGCCGCUGCAGCAGUUGGUGUGUCUGUGGCUUUUGGGGCCCCCAUAGGAGGAGUGCUCUUCAGUCUGGAGGAGGUGAGCUACUACUUCCCUCUGAAGACCCUGUGGCGGUCAUUCUUCGCAGCCCUGGUGGCAGCCUUCACCCUGCGCUCCAUCAACCCGUUUGGCAACAGCCGCCUGGUGCUGUUCUACGUGGAGUUCCACACCCCCUGGCACCUCCUGGAGCUUGUACCCUUCAUCCUCCUGGGCAUCUUCGGGGGCAUCUGGGGCGCCUUCUUCAUCCGCGCCAACAUUGCGUGGUGCCGGAGGCGUAAGACCACGUGGCUGGGCCACUACCCGGUCCUGGAGGUGCUGGUUGUCACUGCGGUGACGGCGGUGGUGGCUUUCCCUAACAGCUACACCCGCACUAGCACCAGUGAGCUCAUCUCUGAGCUCUUCAACGACUGUGGCCUGCUGGACUCCUCCAAGCUAUGUAACUAUGACAAUGCCAACGUCACCAAGAGCAGCAACGAGCUGCCGGACCGCCCGGCUGGAAAUGAUGUUUACACGGCCAUGUGGCAGCUGUCCCUGGCCCUGGUCUUUAAGAUGCUCAUCACCGUGGUUACCUUCGGCAUGAAGGUUCCCUCUGGUCUGUUCAUACCCAGCAUGGCGGUAGGGGCGAUCGCAGGCAGGCUGCUGGGAAUAGGCAUGGAGCAGCUGGCCUACUACCACCAUGACUGGGCGAUCUUCAGGGGUUGGUGUUCUCCUGGUGCUGACUGCAUCACCCCAGGCCUCUACGCCAUGGUGGGGGCUGCUGCCUGCUUAGGUGGGGUGACCCGUAUGACCGUGUCCCUGGUGGUCAUCAUGUUCGAGCUGACCGGAGGGCUGGAGUACAUCGUGCCCCUGAUGGCUGCGGCCAUGACCAGUAAGUGGGUGGCGGACGCCAUCGGGCGCGAGGGGAUCUACGAGGCUCACAUCCGCCUCAACGGUUACCCCUUCCUGGAGGCCAAGGAGGAGUUCAGUCAUAAGACCCUGGCCAUGGACGUGAUGCGGCCGCGUCGCAGUGACCCGCCGCUCUCCGUACUGACCCAGGAUGGCAUGACGGUAGAGGACGUGGAGACCAUGAUCACUGACACCACCUACAGCGGCUUCCCCGUGGUGGUCUCCCAUGAGUCCCAACGCCUAGUGGGAUUCGUGCUGCGAAGGGACCUCACCAUCUCCAUAGAUAAUGCCAGACAGCGUCAGGAUGGGAUAGUGAGCACAUCGAGGGUCUUCUUUACAGAGUACACGCCCCCUCAGCCCCCCAACAGCCCCCCUCCUCUGAAGCUCAGAGGCAUCAUGGACCUUAGUCCCUUCACCGUCACAGACCACACCGCCAUGGACAUUGUGGUGGACAUCUUCAGGAAGCUGGGCCUGCGCCAGUGCCUCAUCACACACAAUGGCCGCUUGCUGGGUAUUAUCACAAAGAAGGACAUUCUGAAGCACGUGGCUCAGAUAGCCAACCGGGACCCAGACUCGAUCCUCUUCAACUGAUGGUAUAGUACCAGCUGCAGCACCGUGGGCCAGACAUCACUGUGGAACCACUGCUUUCGCCCAGGCCUCUCUACACUGCACUAUGUUCAUGUCUAGUGGACUCCUCCCUGCUGUGACAACUGGCCAUUCCAUUAGAACUCUAGUGGAUUCCUCCCUGCUGUGACAACUGGCCAUUCCAUUAGAACUCUAGUGGAUUCCUCCCUGCUGUGACAACUGGCCAUUCCAUUACAACUGGAAAGGUAGAGGAUUCGUUGUUCUUCAACAGCAAGCUGGCUUUCCAGGAUUGGCCCAAAAUAUGAGUUGGAUUUAGAAAAGAUGUAUGACUUCUUAAAUGAGCGUCAGUAACUGGGAGAAUAUUUUUUCUUGGCUCUGUUGGCAGGAGUGGUCUUCCUUUUCAGUUGACAGAUGAGAGCAGGCAUGCUGGGUAGAGCAUGUGUCUCUGGAGAGACCAAGGAUUGUAAAUGAGCGGAGACCAAGUCUGGAGUCUGAGAUAUAAACCACACCACUGCCAAGACAUACUCUACCCUCCCUCCUCCACAUAGACAUCUUAACCCAUACAACCACUAAGCUAGGAGUGAAAAUUAUCAGCUUCUACCUAUCAAAGUAUCAUGAAGAAAUGCACCGUUUAAAUUGUGAUGUCUGCCUGAAAUAUUUGUCAUGAAUGAGCACUUGCAUAUGGCUGUCAAGACUAAAUGUAUUUUCUCUGGUGUUUCUUUCCUUGGAAAUGUCAUAUUCCUCAUAGUUUUUUUCAUGUAAUUGGUUGUGGUUUAACACAGACCUGGAGAUGAUGUCCUCUUCGUACAGGGACACUGUAAGGCAGCAUGGUUUUCUUAUUCACCAGGAUAAAAUAAGCUCCGUAAAUAACCCUCCUCUGAAACCUGCAUGCUCUGGUUCUCUUUCACCACAUGGAGGUGCUACUGUGCACCACCCAGCUGUGGAUACAGUCACAUUACUAUACUUUAUUACCAGGUCAUCAGUAACAAACACUCAAAGGAUGAAUUGUAUUACUCAUUUAGAAUAUGCAUCUCUAUAUAUUUCUGGUUUGUAUGACCUUUUCUGUGAAUAUUAUGUAUUGUAUAAGUUUAUGGAUCACUUUAUCCAGCACACUCUAGAAUCCUCAGUGAUGAACAGCCUAACAGACUGCCUGCCUGAGUACAAGGUCAAAGAGAAGAGUAGUGUUGGAUGAGGUGAUGGGAUGAUUAAGGGAGAGGACUCCAGUGUGUCACAUCUCUUUUCAUUUCCAGCUAUUACCUCUCCUCUCGCAAUGUCUAUGGAUCUGCAUGGCCUUACCUGCUGGCCAGGGCAGGGGAUCUAGAGACAGGACUGGCCUGUCAACAGUCUAGUAAAGAACUCUGGAUCUCUUCUCCCUUUUACCUCAUGCUCUUGCUGUCUCACGAGACCCUCAUGCUCUUACCCUCCCUACAACAAAGUCUACACUAAGAAUGAGCAAUUGAAAUGUAGCAUAUAAUGUCUCUUAUACAUGAACAAAGCCAAGGAACCUCAAAUCUCACUUUUAUCUAGAGCAGAUACCCUUGGAGGUUGAAGGUGGACAUUCUUAAACUAGAUUCAUGUAUUCCUGUCAAUCAUGUCUUAUCCUUUAAGGACAAGUGUGACUUCAACCAAGUUCUAACCAUUUUUUUUGUGUUGUAUACAGUAGUUCAUUACAUCAGUAAAAGGUUUGACUUUGGGGUCUCAAAGGUAAACACAUUAUCACUUAAAAAGCACUCCAUUUCAAAAUAACAUGCUUAUCGGUUGUUUUUGGAGAUGUAGCUACAGUUAAGAUCAACAAACCAUGUCUAUUUGGAUUUCUGCUAACUGCAAUGGGUUUGUAUCACUACCGUCUUAUGUUAACAUGCAACUGAGAUUCAAAAACAUUGAAAUAUCAAUUUAUUCCCCGUCAUUUCAUAUUUGCCUUGAAUUAAAACAACGUUGACUUUCACAUGA